UUUAAUUUUUUCAGAUUAAAACAUGGCCAACCAAUCAAAUCCUGUGAAAAAAGUUCCUAUUCAUUUACAGAGCUCGCAAAACCGUAUUUUGAUCAAAAAUGGCAAAAUUGUUAAUGCAGACAAAAUGGUCGACAGCGAUGUUUAUAUUGAAGAUGGCAUCAUUAAAUUUAACCCGGGGUGCAAUGGMAAUGUUCCUACACCGUUGAAAUUACCUGUGUUGGGCAAACCUGAACACAUAACUGAURAAACAGCUACCGCACUGGGCGUAGACCGUUUGGGCGAAUCGGCCCAAAAUAUGGUCUGUUUCGGCAAAAAAAUAUGUACCGUUUGGGUAGGAUCRCCGUUGUAUGUCGURCAUGUUAUGAGUAAGGCAGCUGCUGAAGUCUUAGCAAAACAUCGUGCUGAACAAAUCAAACAAAAUGGUAAUACUAAAAUUUAUGGUGAGACUUUAGCUGCUGCAGUUGGAACACAUUGGGAUGAAAAUAAAUUAACAUGUUGGCAUGAUGCUGCUGCUCAUGUCUUAAGUCCACCAUUAAGAGCUGACCCUGACACUCCAAAUUUUUUAUUAAACAUGCUAGCCAGUGAUAAAUUACAAACAACUGGAAGUGAUAAUGCAACAUUUAACAAAGAUCAGAAAUCCUUGGGUAAAGGUGAUUUUACUAAAAUACCUAAUGGCGUUAAUGGUGUUGAGGAUCGUAUGUCUGUAAUUUGGGAAAAAGGUGUGGUGUCCGAACUUUUUGACCCAUGUCGUUUUGUAGCAAUUACCAGURCAAAUGCGGCAAAAAUUUUUAAUAUUUAUCCAAGAAAGAAUCUCAUUUAA